AUGUCUGAUCAAGCUAACACCGUUGGUGGUAGCAGUCCUGGAAAUAGCCGAAGGCAAUAUUGGUGUCACCAAUGUGAAGAGAAUAUAGAGCCUUUGAUGGCUCCUCACCCAACUUGUCCUCGUUGUAAUGGUGAUUUCGUGGAAGAGAUUGACGAAGAAAACGAUCCCAGAAAUUUUACACAGAGUGGAGGUCAUGAAUCAGACGAGGAAUAUGACGAUAUGAAUGCUCCUUUCAAUAUGGGAAAUAGAAACAAUGAAGUCAUGCAAAUAUUCCAAAAUAUGAUCACAGCGUUGCUUCAAUCUGGACCCAAUGGUCCAUUUCGUGUACAAACCGAAACUCGUGAUGAAGCAACUGAUAAUCAUAAUCAACCUUUCCUUGGUUUUGCUCAAAUAAUUCAAAGAGCAUUAGAAGGUGCCGGAAAUAACCAUGCAAAUAUUUUGAACCUUUUCAAUAUUACUGGCGAUCCUAGAGAUUAUGCAUGGGGUUCAACAGGAUUUGAUAAUAUUAUUUCUCAAUUGAUGGAGCAACAAGCUGGAAGGCAGGCCCCACCACCAGCUUCUGAUGAAAUUAUUGAAAAUUUACCUAAACUGAAAAUCUCUAAAAAGCAAGUUGACGAACAAUUGGGUUGUCCUGUCUGUAAAGAUGAAUUUCAAAUAGAUGAAGAGGCAAUACAUUUACCUUGUACUCACACUUUUCAUGGAGAUUGUAUAAAACCAUGGUUAAAAGUGAACGGGACUUGUCCCGUGUGUCGAUAUUCAUUAGUAUCUACAGAAAACGAUCAAAAUCAGAAUCAUAAUGGUUCAUCGGGUAACAAUACUUCAACGUCAACGGGAUUCCGAUUUACAACUUCCAUUCCCGGUUCAUAUUCCGAGAAUCAAUCAAACCAGCAAGUUGGAAAUCUUGAUUUUGAACCUUUGGAUUAA